AUGGGGAAAAAUAAAAAUGUUGUUACAACCGAAAUUCCUAGCGAUUCUGAUUCGGUUGAUGGGCUUCAAGAUUCUGAUAACGAAGAAGACGUUGUGAACUCAAGAUCACUUUUAGACGAAAAUAUUUCUACUGUAAAUAAUAACGAUGACGAAGAAGAAUCAAUGGACGCAGAAGACAUUGAUGAUUCAAAUCAAUCUGAUAUUUGGAAGUCUGUUAGUCGGCCAAGAUCGGAUUUUAUGUUUUCUAAAAGCUUUGGUCCAAACAUUCCAGAUACAGCGAAAUCACCUUUAGACAUAUUCUCUUGUUUAUUUUCUUCUGAUCUAUUGGAUCAUAUUGUACAUCAAACUAAUCUUUUUUUUCUGUCUCAUAUGCAUGUCAACGACAACUCUAAAGAACCAGAAAAAGGUGAUCCAAAUUACGAUAAACUGUAUAAGGUAAGACCACUUUUAGACGAGCUUUCUCGAACCUUCAAAGAAAGUUUCAAUCUUGGUAAGCACCAAUCUGUAGAUGUGUCCUUGAUAAAAUUCAAGGGAAGAAGUAUUAUGAAACAAUACAUGUCAGCUAAACCUAUAAAACGCGGAUAUAAGUGCUGGACUCGCGCAGAUGAGUCUGGUUACGUAUGCCAGUUUCAAAUCUAUACUGGAAAAGCAGACAACACUGAAAAACAAUUGGGAACAAGAGUUGUGAAAGACCUUACACGAGAACUUGUUGAUGGCAAUCAUCACGUAUAUUUCGAUAAUUUUUUUACUGGGGUGGAACAUCUUUCAUCACUGAAAGAAGAUAAAAUAAACGCAUGUGGCACGGUUCGGCAGAAUCGUUCUGGUCUACCAACGAAUAUCAAUGAUAAAAAAUCCAAAAAAAAAAUGGACAUAGGAGAAUAUGAAUUUAUGACUGCAAAGACAGGUCCUACCUGGAUCAAGUGGAUGGAUAAGAAACCAGUUUAUUUUCUAUUCAACUUUCACGAUGCAUCUGAAGUUACUACCAUAAAUCAUUAUAAUAAGGACAUGGGUUAUUUAGAUUAUGCUGAUCGACUUAUUUCAGUUUAUAAAAUUGAUCGUAAAUCUAAAAAGUGGUGGUUUAGAAUAUUUUGGCAUUUUCUCGAUCUAACAAUAAGUAAUGCAUAUAUUUUGUACAGAGAAAAACAUAUAAAACCAACGUUAAAUUUGAAAAAAUUUCGAUUAAAUUUAGUAGAACAAAUGGUAGGACACAAAAUUCCAACUGCCAAAGGUCGAAAGCGCAAAUAUGACCAUUCGGAAGAUUUUCGUUACCAGAAACCACAAGUUUCUUUAGAGAAAAGACGCAAUCAAGCAGCUCAUAUGCCUGUUUCUAUUCAAAGCGCAAAACGAUGUGUUUAUUGCAGUAUAAGAAAGGAUCAAAGGAGAAUAAAGUGGAAAUGUAUGACUUGCGAUGUACCAUUGUGUCUUUUGCAAGAUAGAAAUUGUUUCCAAAAUCACCACACUUAG